ACAGGUAGUUUUCCCGACGAGAUUGUGGAAGACGUGGUUUGUGAGCACCGGGCGAGGAGGCCCUGCCGCCUUGGGUUGUGAGGACGCCCAGCUCCUCAGGUCUGACCUCCCAUCGGCCUCUCAUGACUGUGUCCACCAGCUGCACUGGUCAGGAGUGAACUCACAACUGGCCCGCCAUGAACUGGAAGGUUCUCGACCACGUGCCCCUGCUGCUGUAUAUCUUAGCAGCAAAAACCCUGAUCCUCUGCCUGGCCUUUGCGGGAGUGAAAAUGUACCAAAGGAGACGCCUGGAGGCAAAACUUCAAGCUGAGAAGAAGCAGGCGGAGAAGAAAGAGAACUGAGGAGACAUCAGAGAGUUUUCUAUUUAAAUGUCAGCCCCGGUGGACUCCAGCAGAGAAGAGAGAAGAAAGAUCUGGCAAUUACUGGAUGUCAAAGGAUGCACUUCUGGCCAAGACCUUUAACUUAAAUGAUGAACAGUUUGAAUUUUUAUUGUUUUUAGAAGAGCCAGUAUUUUGCUUACUGAAAUAAAAUACAUUUCUU